AGCCACGAACACUGCACGUUUAUUGCAGUUUGCAUCCGCUUUAUUACCAUGGCAACCAAAUAGUAAACAAAUAAACUUCAUAAUAAUAUUUUCAUCACUGAAUCUUAGAUUGUAUUUCUAUUAACUAUUGUGAGACGUACUUACUAAAUUAACUACAAAUCGUAGGAUACUAACGGGAUACAAUCUAUAUAUCUAAUACAGAUUUUUGAAUUAUUUUCAACAUGUUUAGAGGUGAUAACCCACAUUCACUAAGUUAUGAACAGCAAGCCAAAUUCAUUCAAGAUCGCAUUACUAGUGUGGAAAAAAACUUUGGAGAACUUUGUGUUGCAUUUGGUGAUUAUACUAGAAAAACAGCCAGAUUACGUGAUAUGGGCGAUGAGCUAGUUAAAGUUCUUAAGGAUUACGCCAACAAUGAGAUCGUAAAUAAAUCUUUAAGCAACGGCUUAGAAAAUCUUUCAACUACAUUAACAGCUAUUGAAGAGUACAGAAAUUGCGAAGUACAGCGUCUAGAAGCUAAGGUGAUUGGAGAGCUGUGCCAAUACGAAACCAUUUGUAAACAUGCCAGGGAAGAGCUAAAGCAUACAAUGAACGUCCGCGAAAAGGAGCUUGCUCGCAAGAAAGUCCUAGACAAAGCUAGGGAGAGGCAGCCGUUUAACAGACAGCAAGUUACAUAUGCAGAAUCUGAACUUCUUAAGGCUUCUGCGGAAAUGUCUCGUACGGCUAAGGGUUUGAGUGAGCAGACUGAGUUCUUCGAGCGCCGGAAACUACAGCAACUGAAGACACUUCUGUCAAACUUUGUCAUGAUUGAAAUGAAUUUCCACGCGAAGGCAGUGGAGCUACUUACUGUUGCUUAUCAACAGAUCAGUGACAUCAACGAUAAAGCUGACCUAGAGAACUUUAGAAGAAAACUCCGCUCACCAGAGAAACAACCCAAUCCUGGAAUGUCAGUUAGAUCUUCGUCUCUCGCAUCACUCAUGAACCCACACUCUCCUACUAAUGACGACGACUCUGCGAGUGCACGAAAGGCGAAAUCGCCCGAAAAGUAUGGUAAUCCGGGGCUGGUUAGAACUGGCUCACUUGCAGCACUCAUGAAUAAUUCAGCUAACAAAGAGGAGGAGGAGACAUCGGAAUCUGAGGAAACCGAUGAAGAUUCUUCGGAGGAGACUGAAUCACGUUGAUUUUAUUGUGUUCGUUUUGUACCUGAUUGGUAGAUUCCUAGUAGUUUAAGUUACCUACCUAUAUCAAGUAGGCACCUACAUAGGUAUAACGUGAAAAAUAAAAUAAUACAC